AUCGCACACAAGUAUGCAGUUGUCUCUGGUAGCAAUCGUGAUCACUCUGGUGAACGCCAGGCCCCAACUAGAAGUUCCAGUUGGCUUUGAUCCUGCUUAUCCAGAGGAAAAUCCAGGCUUGUUUGAGGGUGACAUUGAAUUACAACCUGAACAAGAAUCAAAUUUAAGAAAUGCUAUAGGUGACACAAGAUACCUGUGGCCCCAUGGACUGGUUCACUAUACAAUCGAUGCUCAUCAUGCAGCUAUUCCAUCACAUGUUCAGAUAUUUAAGUCUGCCAUGCAGGAAAUCAUGGAUAAAACCAUGGUUAAUGGCAAGAAGUGCAUCGACUUUCAACCAAGGGGAAGCGAGAGUGCCUAUAUUCAGUUUUCAUAUGGAUCUGGAUGUCAUACACCUGUUGGUUACCAUGGCAGACGUUCUGACGUCACAUUAGGAACAGGAUGUUUAAGGAAAGGAACUGUGAUGCAUGAAAUUUUACACGCUCUCGGUUUCUGGCACGAACAAAGUAGAGCCGACAGAGACAACUACGUCAAAAUUCACUUUGACAACAUUCAACAUGGUCACGAAAGGAACUUCGAUAAAUACCAGGUGGGACCCAAAUUGGACAUGUUAAACGAACCUUACGACUAUGGAUCCGUCAUGCACUACAGCGCCUAUGCUUUCGCCAUCAACAGACGACAAGUUACUAUUGAGACUCUGCAGCCAGGCGUGACGAUCGGCCAACGUGUUCGAUUGAGCGACAUUGAUGCAAAAGAAAUUCAGAUUCGUUACGGGUGUAUUUCCAGACCAGGGUCACCAGCAGGUAGCGCUGUGACAGGAGCUACUUCCCCUCCCCACGUCACAGUUCAUCAUGAGACAGCAACACCACAUACCUUCCCUUCAAAUCAAGCUUCAACAUGCACUUUUGACCAUGGAACCUGUGGCUGGACCCAAUCCACAACAGAUAACCUUGACUGGACAGAUGGACACGGACGUACACCUAGUUCAAAUACCGGGCCUACUGCCGACCACUACGGAAGCACUUCUGGACACUACCUAUACCUGGAGGCCAGCAGCCAUCUUCAGAAAACAGCCAAGUUAGAUUCGCCUACGUUCCCGGGUGGACAAUACUGCUUUAGUGUUUACUUUCACAUGUAUGGAGCGCAGACUGGGUAUUUACAAUUCAACAUCAUUCAACACGGACAUGCGUACACGAUGAAGAGAUACACAGGUGACCAUGGUAACAGGUGGCUUCAUAUGAGGUUGAGUAUCAACGUUCGUGCUUCUUCCUUCCAGUUUGAAAUCACCGGCCACACUGGAAAUGGUUACCAUAGUGAUAUUGCUAUUGACGAUUUAUCAGUAACACCAGGUCAUUGUUGAAUGUUGUAAUAGAUGUAUUAUAAUAAAACAUUUUAU